AUGGGCCAAACAUCCGUCCGCCGGAAUCUUUUCCACCAGAACCUCAGCCGUCGCCCUGCCUCCGUGGGACCCCAAAAUGGAUCAUUACCGCCGGGGAAUAAUGGAUUCUCGAAUCGCUCUUCCAAUAGGCCGAAGUCAACAGUCACCGACGCGUCUUCGUCUAGAAGCAUGAAAAUGGCGGAGAACAAGGAUAUUGUGGUGCGCGACAAGAGUGGAGGAUACAAGCUUGAUAUGCCUGCCUUACCCCGAAGUUCCUUAAUUGGUGAUGAUGGUGAAGAACUGGAUGAGCUUGAGGCCGAGGAGGCAGCUGAAUCAGCUUUUGAGUCAUUGGAGAAUGAACGCGAGAAAGACAAAUUCGAGGCAGCAUUAGUCGAAAUGAUGAUCCGUCAUCGAAACAGACAGUCAAGUGGUGAACCUGAUGAGAUCUUAAAUAUUGUUCAUCAGAGCUUGCAAAAGAAAGUCAACUCCCUAGACGAUGAUAAUUGGAUGUUUGAGCCAGAAAGUGACUUAUUGAUUUAA